UUUGAUCAGUUCAGCAGUGCAGAAAGAAAGUUCAUUAGUUCAGUGAGAGGUUCUGUUUUUGAAUAUGGACGAAGGGGUGUCAGGCUUUUGCAUUAAAGCAGGAGCAGUUCGAGCGGCGGCGGCGGCACACGGUGGUGGAAAUGGAAGUACGGGAACCAAAUGCGGGCGUUGGAAUCCCACCACUGAGCAGGUUAAAGUUCUGACUGAACUGUUCAGGUCAGGACUCCGAACGCCGAGCACCGAUCAAAUCCAGAAGAUCUCAACUCAGCUCAGCUUUUAUGGUAAGAUCGAGAGCAAGAACGUCUUUUACUGGUUUCAGAACCAUAAAGCUAGAGAAAGACAGAAGCGGCGGAAAGUUUCCAUGGAUGAGAAUGAUCCAGUAUUUCGUCGUGAAGACAAGUUUUCUGCUUCAAAACGAUUUUUUGAGGUGAAUCAAGUUACUCAUGAUCAGCCAGAAAGAGUGAUUGAGACCCUACAACUUUUUCCUUUAAAUUCCUUAGAUGAAACAGAACAGGAGAAGCUGAGAUCUUUGCAUGCAAAUGAAUACAGGGAGACGGUUGGGACUUUCCCUUACACAAUGGGAUCGGAAAUUGAUCAUCCACCAUUGGAUCUGCGUUUAAGCUUCAUUUGAAGGAAUAAAAUGACAAAAAUAAAAAGAAAAUCUUCCA